AGCCACCUCUCAUUUGUUGGCCAAAGCUCAACGAAGGGAGACUUCAAUAUCUUGAGACACUGCCGAAGAUCUUGGAACGCUUUUCUUAUUCUGUGCUUUUGCUCCAUCCUCUUGCCGAAGGGGAGCAUACGUGUGUCUGUGUGUCUGUCUGUGUGUGUGCAUAUGCUGUUGUUCGAUCUGCGGAGAUCCGCACAUUUCGUACCGUACGGUGUGUCGUAAGUGAUCGGAGUUGAAGAAUUUUCUCUCUCGCGCGGUUCGCGACUGCGAUCGCGCCAAGACGAGAAGGUACGUCCGUUCGGAACGUUCAGCUCAGAUGAUCUAGUGAAGUCAACCGGGACGGUGCUGUCCUGUCCUGCCAAACCAGCAUCACACUGUGUGUCUGUACGCGCGAUACAUUCGCCCAACGCCAUCGCCGAAAAGUGCCAUAAGUGAUCGUGAACUGAUCGGCGAACAGUAGGCUAGUGAAGUGAUCGAUUUCGGUUUUCCCUCGAAUCAUCAUCUGUGCCGCAGGAAGUGAUCGUCCCAGAAGGGAGGAAGGUGCAAUUAUCGAAAAGCUCAUUAGAAGCUCGUUACGCGACGGACACAUUGUGCAGUGAGACAAUAAAGGCUGGGACGCGAUCGUUACGGCAGCUUGACACUUCAGACACAAGGAACGACGAAACAGACCCGCCCCCCUCGGCCUGGUCCGCGAACUAGUGAAGAAGAACCCGACGGAACGGAUUGAAGAACAAACGCCUUGACAUUACGUCAGUGGUGUCGGCAGCGGCACAACCGGUAACAGGAUGUCGUCCUGUGCGUGUCCUAUGACGAGCCCCGUCGGGGCAACACUGGCGGCACUGUGCGGCGGUACGCAGUACAUGCUGUUUAUGGGAUUGCUGGAGGUGUUCAUAAGGUCACAGUGCGAUCUGGAGGAUCCUUGUGGACGUACCAAGGCAAAAACAUCCCGAAAUGUGGACUACGAGUAUGACUUUAUCGUCGUUGGUGGUGGAUCGGGUGGUUCGGUAAUCGCAUCGCGGCUGUCGGAAAUCAAGAACUGGAAGGUACUCCUCAUCGAAGCAGGACCGGACGAACCUACCGGAGCGCAGAUUCCGUCCAUGUUUUUAAACUAUCUUGGCAGUGACAUCGAUUGGAAGUACAACACGGAACCGGAGCAGUAUGGAUGCCUUGGAUCACCGGAACAGCGUUGCUACUGGCCGCGUGGCAAGGUGCUCGGUGGUACCUCGGUACUGAACGGCAUGAUGUACAUACGCGGUAACCCACAGGACUACGACGACUGGGAAGCGAUGGGCAACCCCGGAUGGAAGUGGAAGGAUGUGCUGCCGUACUUUAUGAAGUCGGAAGACAACCUACAGAUCAACGAAGUCGACUCAAAGUACCAUUCGACCGGUGGUAUGCUACCGGUUGGACGUUUCCCAUACAAUCCACCAUUCUCCUACUCGGUUCUGAAGGGCGGCGAACAGCUGGGCUAUCAGGUGCAGGAUCUUAACGGGGCCAACACGACCGGAUUCAUGAUUGCGCAGAUGACCAACAAGAAUGGCAUUCGGUUUAGUGCCGCACGUGCCUUCCUACGUCCCGCGGUGAAUCGGCCCAAUCUGCAUAUCCUGCUGAACACCACCGUUACCAAGGUGUUGGUACAUCCGACCUCCAAAACUGCGCACGGUGUCGAGAUCGUCGAUGAAGAUGGCCACAUGCGCAAGAUUCUCGUCAAGAAGGAAGUUAUCGUAAGUGGUGGAGCUGUCAAUUCGCCACAAAUUCUCCUGCUGAGCGGUAUCGGACCGAAGGAACAUCUCGAGAAGGUUGGAGUACGACCAAUUCAUGAUCUACCGGGUGUUGGUAAGAAUCUGCACAACCACGUGGCAUAUUUCAUCAACUUCUUCCUGAACGAUACGAAUACGGCUCCACUGAACUGGGCAACGGCCAUGGAGUACCUUCUGUUCCGUGAUGGUCUAAUGUCCGGAACGGGUGUGUCGGCGGUUACAGCGAAGAUUAGCUCCCAGUAUGCCGAGCGACCCAACGAUCCUGAUCUUCAGUUCUACUUUGGUGGCUUUUUGGCGGACUGUGCCAAGACCGGUCAGGUUGGUGAGCUGCUCAGUAACGAUUCUCGCUCGGUACAGAUCUUCCCGGCAGUGCUGCAUCCAAAGAGCCGCGGGUACAUUGAGCUCAAAUCGAACGAUCCACUGGAGCAUCCCAAGAUUGUUGUGAACUAUCUGAAGGAAGAUCACGACGUGAAGGUGUUGGUUGAGGGUAUCAAGUUUGCUGUGCGUCUCUCUGAAACCGAUGCUUUGCAGGCGUACGGUAUGGACCUUGACCGUACGGCCGUAAAAGCCUGCCAGGACAAAGAGUUCGGAUCACAGGAAUACUGGGAGUGUGCCGUACGACAGAAUACCGGUGCCGAGAACCAUCAGGCAGGUUCGUGCAAGAUGGGUCCGACCAGUGACACACAGGCUGUGGUCGAUCACGAGCUCCGGGUGCACGGUGUGAGGAAUCUGCGAGUCGUCGAUGCGUCCGUCAUGCCGAAGGUGACCUCGGGCAAUACGAACGCACCGAUCAUCAUGAUUGCCGAGAAGGGUGCCCAUCUUAUUCGUCGAGCGUGGGGUGCUCGCUAGAGAACUAACGCUAGCGGACGGCUUCUCCUAGCAUUUACGAUACGAUGGGAUAGAUUCAUUUAUCAUGUAAGCUCCUCGUUUAGGCACAAGUUCGUCCCAGAUGUUGCCAAGGUUCAGCAAGGAAAUGUAUGUACCCGCACACCGGGGAAGUCUUCGAUUCUUUAGCAAGUAUUAUGCAUCUUUCAACAACGUUUACACUCUGUCUACCUCGAAUGGCAAAUGAACUUUUUCUUUUCACUUCGUUCAACCGUCUGCCGCACACCGGUUAGGGCAAGUUAUACAGUGCGCUAUAGACUGCGAGGUACUCGUGGAUCGAACAAUCGAACAUCGGCAUGUAGUUUCAGUAGUUAAACAAUCGGCAUACAUUUCCCUACCGUCUAGGCAUGGCAAAACUCGCCACAUGGCCCGCUCAAAUUGUGUUAAUGUAAAGUUAAAUUAUGAAUAUCAAUAAAGAAUAAUUAUGGUACAAUCGAA